AUGAAAAUUCCUUUUGAGUUUGAUCCAGACACCUCUGAACUGGCUUCUGACAUAACAGAAUAUACAGUAAAACUCAAACAGUCACAUGAACACGAUCGAAAGCUUCGGGCAGAUUUGACUGUUGAAGAGCAGCUUGAACAAGAGCUGAGUACAAUGCUAAAGGACAUAGUAACAGUUCAAAAUUUUACUGGGACACAUGAAAAACGUCGAAGAAGAAAGAGUAGUAUAGAAAGACUGAAAGUGUCAAGGCAUUUAGCUGAAGAGGCAAUGAAUUAUUUUGAGGAAUGUGUUUCAAUUUCAACAAUGGAUAGCACCGAUUUCUCAUCACCUGAGGACCCUCAACCAAAUCCAGUUGUGAGUGUCCCACCAAAGAGCAACAGUAGAUUUUUCCACAAAGGGAGAUCAAGCUUUCAAGAACCCCACACUCCAACUGAUCAACGAGGCCAUCAUGAGGAAUCUGACAAGCAAACCCAGUGCUCAAUUAGCAUAACUGGAUCUAAUGUGUGUGACAGUGUCAUACGAAUUCCACUUGUUUGAAAAUUAGAAGCAACU